CCGCCCGCCUCCUUUGCCUCCCUCUCGCCGCUCCCUCCCUCCUUUCCCUUCUUUUCGGGCUAUUUGAACCGUCGCGCUUCCGCCAUCUUCUUCAGCCGCCCGCCCAGUUCGCCAGAGAGAGAGAGAGAGAGAGGGAAAGCGAGGCGGUGGCAGGAAGAGACUAAAGAAAAGGACCGGGAAGACGCAGCAUGGCCGCCCCGCAAGGAGAACCCCAAGUGCAGUUUAAGCUUGUUUUGGUUGGUGAUGGUGGUACCGGUAAAACAACAUUUGUUAAGCGCCACUUGACUGGUGAAUUUGAGAAGAAAUAUGUAGCUACUCUGGGUGUUGAAGUCCAUCCUCUGGUGUUCCACACUAACAGAGGUCCAAUUAAAUUUAAUGUAUGGGACACAGCUGGGCAAGAAAAGUUUGGAGGUCUGAGAGAUGGCUAUUACAUUCAAGCUCAGUGUGCCAUCAUAAUGUUUGAUGUAACAUCCAGAGUUACGUACAAGAACGUACCCAACUGGCAUAGAGAUCUGGUCCGGGUGUGUGAGAACAUCCCCAUAGUUUUGUGUGGCAACAAAGUGGAUAUCAAGGACAGGAAAGUCAAGGCAAAAUCGAUUGUUUUUCACCGGAAGAAGAAUCUGCAGUAUUAUGAUAUUUCAGCCAAGAGUAACUACAACUUUGAGAAGCCUUUUCUGUGGCUGGCAAGAAAGCUAAUCGGCGAUCCCAACUUGGAAUUUGUUGCCAUGCCUGCUCUUGCACCACCAGAAGUUGUUAUGGAUCCAGCACUGGCAGCACAAUAUGAGCAAGAUUUACAGAUUGCUCAGACCACUGCACUGCCUGAUGAAGAUGAUGACCUGUGAGAGAGUAAAGCUGGAGCCCAGCGUCAGAAGUCUAGUUUUAUAGGCAACUGUCCUGUCAUGUCAGUGGUGCAGCGUGUUUGCCACUUUAUUAUUCUAGCUGAGCAGAACAUGUGCUUUAAUCUUUGGGAUGCUGAAAAGAGAGAAUGGGCUUUGGAGUGAAUGUGGCAGUUAAAAAUAAAUCCUUCAUUUUGGACCUGCAUAUUUAGCUGUUUUGGACUGCAAUUUAUUUCCCAUUUGAGUUACAAAUCUGACCGCUGCAGUCACAUCACAGUGUUCAGUGGUAAAUUUUGUUUGUUACUGUCAUUCCCAUUCCUUUUUGUUUAGAUCAUAAUAAAGUUGUAUUUCAAAUAUCCAA